AAAGGAUGUGGUACCUACCAAUUACAGACAGAUUGAAAAGAUUAUAUCAAUCUGAGAGGACUGCUGCGUCGAUGAGGUGGCAUGCCGAACAUGUCCAGAGAGAUGGUGAGGUUGCACAUCCAUCAGACGCAAGAGCGUGGAAACAUUUCAACAAGGUACACGGAGAUUUUGCUACAAAUAUUCGGAAUGUCUAUCUUGGGUUAUGCACCGAUGGAUUUAGUCCAUUUGGAAUGUCUGGUAGACAAUAUUCUUUGUGGCCAGUAAUUCUUACGCCGUAUAAUUUACCGCCGGAUAUGUGCAUGGAACAAGAAUUUCUAUUUUUGACCUUAUUAAUCCCAGGGCCGAAGCAUCCAAAAUGGUCUCUUGAUGUUUUUCUUCAACCGUUGAUAGAAGAGCUAAAGCAAUUGUGGUCAGAAGGGGUGAGGACGUACGAUUGUUCCUUGAAAAACAAUUUUACGAUGCGAGCAGUUUUGAUGUGGACGAUAAGUGAUUUCCCUGCUUAUGGGAUGUUGUCUGGCUGGACAACACAUGGAAGAUUAUCUUGUCCGUAUUGUCUUGGAUCCUCGGAUGCUUUUCAACUGAAGAAUGGUAGGAAGAGUUGUUGGUUUGAUUGUCAUCGUCGGUUUCUUCCACUUGCCCAUCCGUACAGAAGAAAUAAGACAUUGUUUCGACACAAAAAAAUUGUCAGAGACAGUCCUCCUCCAUAUCUCACCGGCCAGCAGAUCGAAGCGGACAUUGAUUAUUACGGAGCUCAGGAAACAGUUAAGGUUGGAGGAAAUUGGCAUGUUACUGGAAAUAUGCCUGAUGGGUAUGGUGUAUGUCACAAUUGGCAUAAGAAAAGUAUAUUUUGGGAGCUACCCUAUUGGAAGGAUCUUCUCUUACGCCACAAUCUGGAUGUCAUGCAUAUCGAGAAAAACGUUUUUGAGAACAUCAUGAAUACAUUACUUAACGUCCCUGGGAAGACAAAAGAUAACAAAAAGUCAAGGAUGGACUUACCUGAUAUUUGCUCAAGAAGUGAGUUACAUAUCAAGAGCAAUGGAAACGUUCAUGUUCCCAUCUUCCGGUUGUCAUCAGCAGCCAAAACAACCUUGUUUGACUGGGUUGCAUCGGAAGUUAAGUUUCCUGAUGGUUAUGUUUCAAAUAUGUCAAGAUGUAUUGAACGAGGUCAAAAGUUCUCCAGAAUGAAAAGUCAUGAUUGUCAUGUGUUUAUGCAACGACUGCUUCCAUUUGCUUUUGCCGAGCUCCUUCCAGCAAAUGUCCACGAAGCACUUGCAGGUAAUUAUAAAUUUAUAUAUAUACAUAUGUUACGAAAUGUUAUUAAUUUGAUUCCUUUUAAAAUAUACAACCAUCGGAGCAUUUUUCAGAGAUCUUAGCACACGUAUGUUCAAAGAAGAAGUCAUCGAACAACUUCAUCAGAACAUUCUGAUCAUAUUGUGCAACCUGGAGAAGAUAUUUCCUCCUUCAUUUUUUGACGUCAUGGAGCAUCUAGUUGUCCACCUACCGUAUGAAGCAUUGCUUCGUGGACCUGUUCACAACGGAUGGAUGUAUCCGUAUGAGCGACAGAUGAAACAUUUGAAGGGGAAAGCAAGAAAUCUUGCAAAGGUAGAAGGUUCAAUAGUUGCAGGGAGUUUGACAGCCGAAACAUCUAACUUCACAUCAUACUACUUUGCUCCAACUGUUCGUACGAGAAAAAGAGUUCCUAGGAGAUAUGAUGAUGGUGGAGUACCGACAUCAUAUCCAAUUGAUGGUGUUCCUGACAUUUUCUACGAAAUUGGACGGUUUGGUGGUAAAACGAAAGAAGUAUGGUGGUCAUGUGAAGAAGAUAAACAUAGUGCCCACACUUAUAUUCUGCUCAACUGCGAGGAUGCAAUGACCCGUUACUUUGAAAGGAUGUUUGUAUCUCAAGUUGAAGAAGCAAUACCAGGAAUAUCUGCAACUGAUGUGGAUACACGUAAAGAUAAGCACUUUGUCAAGUGGUUAAAAUCACAGGUAAUAUAUCUCAUACUAUUAUAUUAAUUAAGUAAGUGUUUAAGAAUAUAUAUAUGUUUUUUGCAUGUUGAUUAUGACGAUCCUUAUUAUCCCGUAUGGUUUCACGAAUUGGUUCAAGGUCCAGUUGCAAAGGUCACCACAUCACCUAUGUAUUUCACACGAGGAUUUACCUUUCACACAUACGAGUAUGGGAGACAUCGGGCAACGAGUAACUACGGAAUAUGUGUGAAAGGGAUAUUGCAGGAGAUUGUUGAAGUAGAAUUUCCGGGGUUAUUGAAGCUAAAAUGCAUCCUCUUCAAAUGUGAAUGGUUCGAUCCUGUUGUGAACCGAGGGAUUCGGUAUAACAAAUUUGGUGUUGUUGAUGUCAAUUUUGGGAGAAGAUACAACAAAUUUUAGCCUUUCAUUUUAGCUUCACAAGCCGAGCAAGUUAGCUUCCUUCCUUAUCCUCGGCUUCGAACUUCUGGGAUAAACUGGGUAACUGCUAUCAAAGUUACACCUCGUGGACGCAUUGUCGUUGGAGAAGAACCGCCCUUGCAAGAAGAAGACGCUAUCACUGAAGUUGAGGUACCAGAACAACCAACUGAUGAAAUCCUUUUGAUCGACCCGCAAAACUUUCAAUAUGAAGAUAUUCCCGAAGAUGCGACAGAUGAAGCACGUGAAGACGAGUUCGAGAGAAGAGACGAUGAUGAUUGUAAUGAUAGUGAUGAGAACGAAAACGAUUUAGAGUGAUGUAAUAGUGAUGAGAACGAAAACGAUUUAGAGUGAUGUAAUAUAUGUAUCAAAUGUUGGAUUUCUCUAUUGUAACAUUUUCUAAAAGAAAGAGUA